UUUACAUACAAGCUGUAUGUCUUUCGAUAUCGAGCUACCUCCAAAAUUCGCCGAUAAGCAUUGCAUAGCUAGCUACCAAAGUCACUUUUGUGGAUAUGUUUAUUUAAAAACUUUGCCUGCUAAUUUACCGACAGAGGUCUUCACAGGGUGUCUAAGAAGAUGUCUAAGAGGAAGAGCAACUCAAUUGGAGAGAGCCCACACAAGAGAGUCAGACCCACAGAGGUUCAUGAUGAAGAUAAUGAAGUGGGUCCCAGCCAACCCCCUGUGCCACUAGGAUCGCAUACGACUGUUGGAGAGGUGGGCAUAGUGGAGAGCAUCUCCCUGAAGAACUUUAUGUGCCACUCUCUGCUGGGGCCAUUUGCGUUUGGGUCCAAUGUCAACUUUGUCGUCGGCAACAAUGGAAGUGGAAAGAGUGCUGUCCUCACAGCUCUUAUGGUGGGGCUGGGAGGGAAAGCUACAACCACAAACAGAGGGUCCUCCCUGAAGGGAUUUGUGAAAGAAGGAGAGAGUUCAGCUGACGUCUCCAUAACACUGCGUAACAAGGGCAGGGAUGCCUACAAGCCAGAAGUGUUCGGCCAGGCUAUCAUAGUAGACCUGAAGAUAACCCGUGAGGGCAUGAGGACCUACAAGCUCAAGAGCAAAGCAGGUCAUCUUGUGUCUGCGAAGAAGGAUGAACUUUUGGCCAUUCUGGAUCACUUUAACAUCCAGGUGGAUAACCCUGUAUCUAUGCUAACUCAAGAGAUGAGCAAGCACUUUCUGCACUCCAAAGGAGAAGGGGAUAAGUACAGAUUCUUUAUGAAAGCCACACAGCUUGAGCAGAUGAAAGAGGAUUACACCUAUAUCAUAACGACUAAAAAUGUCACUCUAGACACUGUGGAGAAACACGAGGAGUGUCUGGAGGGGUUAAAGAGGAAGUACCUGGAGAAAGAGGACCGGGUCAAAAGCCUGGCCUCGCUGGAUGACAUGCACAGUAAACUGGAGGAGCUGAAGAAUCAGAUGGCUUGGGCUCUGGUGUCUGAGAUGGAGAAAGAGGUGAAGCCCAUGAGAGAGAAGCUCCAAUCAGAGGAGAGGUCCACCAUCAAAUACGACCAGAAAGUAGACGAGUGGAAGGCCAAAGUGGUGGAGGCGGAGAAGAAGUACAAGGGAAUCCGGGAGCAACUGGAGGCCAUCACUGUGAGGGUGCAGCAGCUUGAGCCACAGAGUGCUGAGCUGAAGAACGAGGCUCAGAGCAGAAGCAAGGCCUUCAACACAGCCCAGGCCAGUGUACACAGAUUCAAGACCAACCUGCGAGACCUGGAGAAGGACAAGGAUCAGCUCUCCAGGAGAAUUAAUGAACUCAAGUUGAGUAUCAGCCAGACGUCUGGUGCGGAGACCCAGGUGCGUGUUGAGCGCAUGGAGAAGCUGCAGACAGACCUGGACACUCUGAACUUCCAGGACUCUACCCUAGGUCAGCAGAUGGAACAGUUCCAGCAGGCUGUGUCCCGGGCCAAGGACGAGCUGGAAAAGAUGAUGCGAGAGGAGGAGGAUCUGAAGAGGUCUAUGGAGGCCAUCAGGAGGAAGUUGCAGACCAUGGAGGGCAGCCGCUCCGACCGCCUGCGCCGCUUCGGGGAGAAGAUGCCCGCGCUGCUCGCCGCCAUCGAGGACGCUGACAGGAAGGGCCAGUUCAGGAAGAAACCAGUCGGGCCGCUGGGGUACUGUAUCCGUCUGAAGGACCAUGAGCAGGCCCUGGCCGUGGAGAAAUGUCUUGGGAGCCUGAUGGUGGCCUUCACCUGUGACAACCACGAGGACGAGAAGUUGCUGCAGGGCCUUAUGAGAGGGUACUACCAGGGGGGUAGGAGACCCCAGAUCAUCACCUGCCAGUUCUUCAACAGGGUCCAUGACACCAGUAGGCGGGCUGUGAACCACCCUGACUACCCGUCAGUCCUACAGUCUCUGGAGAUCGAGGACCCAGUGGUUGCCAACUGCCUCAUCGACCAGAGGGGCAUAGAGACCAUUCUGCUCAUCAAGAGUCCUGCAGAGGCCCGCAGAGUGAUGCAGGGCAGGCAGCCCCCUAGAAACUGCUACCAGGCCUUCACCAAGGAGGGAGACCAGUGCUACAACAACCGCUACUACUCCAACGACCAGAGGAGGUGUGACUACCUUAGCAGAGACGUAGAGGAGGAGAUCAGGCAGUUGCAGGAAGAGAUGCGGAACAAGGAGGCCCACUUGGAUCGGUUCAGCCAGCAGAAGCAGAGGGUGGAGGAGGACAUCAGGAACAACAACAGUCUCCUGAAGAGGGCCUACGACGACAGGAAGAGGGCCAAGGAUAAGUUCAGGAGGCUGCAGCAGGAGAUCAGUGACCUGCAGAACGUGGAGGAACCCCAGUCUGAGGACCUUAAGCCUCUGGAGGAGGAGCUGGAGGAGAUCAACAAUAAGAUUUCAGCAGGUCGUGCUGAGAGCGAGGAGGCCCGUAGAAAGAUGGCCCAGCUGAAGGCUUCCUGGGAGGAGGUGGAGCAGAGGUACCGCCAGCACAAAGACUCCAUCAGCACUGUGGCCGAGGAGGCCGAACCCAUCAAGGAGGAGCUGAGUAAGAGUGACCAGGAUGUGGAGAAGAGCAAGCACCAUAAGAAACACUACGAGGACAAACGCAAGGUCCACAUCAACACCAUACAGGCCCUGAAGGCCAGCCUGGAUCUCAAGGAGCAGGAGCUCACGGCUUCUGUAGUGAAGGCCACAGAGAUCUGUCCAGAGCGGUCCGAGGUGCGCCGGACAGCCAGGAGUCUGGACAGCGAGAUCAGCCGUCUGAAGCUGAAGAUCAGCACCCAGCAGGACCAGCAGGGCGACCGCGAAGAGGUCAUCAGGCAAUACCAAGAGGCCCUUGAGAACUACAGUAACAUUAACCAGCAGGUGAAGUGCCUCAAGCGCUUUAUCCAAGUCCUGUGUAAGAUCAUGGACGAUAGACACCGAGUCUACACAGAGCUGAGGAGGUUUCUCUCAGUGCGUUGCAAGAUGUACUUUGACUCCAUGCUGUCACAGAGAGGCUAUAUAGGGAAGAUGAUGUUCGAGCACAAGAACGAAACCCUAUCCAUCUCAGUCCAGCCAGGUGUGGGGGAUAAGGCUGCUCUGAGUGACAUGCGCUCUCUGUCUGGAGGAGAGCGCUCGUUCUCCACUGUCUGUUUCGUUCUCUCUCUCUGGGCCAUCGCAGAGGCCCCCUUCCGCGCCCUCGAUGAGUUUGACGUCUACAUGGACAUGGUGAACCGAAGGAUAUCCAUGGACAUGAUGUUGAAAAUCGCUUCUAGCCAACGUUACCGACAGUUCAUAUUCCUCACCCCACAGAGCAUGAGCUCUCUCCCAGUCAACAACCUGAUCCGGAUCCUGCGGCUGAAAGACCCGGACCGUGGCCAGACGGCUCUUCCCUUUGGACAGAGGAAUGAGGAAGAGGAGGAGGAGGAGUGAGAAAGAGGUCAACCUGAGACUGUUUUACAAAGUCCUCACUAAAUGAUGUGGAUGUGUUUGUGAUUCACAUUUCUUCUAAGUUAAGUGUUUUGUUAUUGUUAAAAUUCUAGACACAAAAAUAAUGACCUAGUUUGCAUUUAUUUAUGCUGCUAUUGCUAAAGUUAAAGUGUUGCAAUGUUUUACCAAACACUAUUUCUGUAAAUGCUUUUUUUCUUUUCUAACUUUGUACCGACUUAAUUUUGUUACGAGGAAUAGCACAUUUUGAUACACUUUGUAUGGCAAGACAGAGAUUUGAGAAGUCUUUAAUUAGCUUUUCCAGUGAUUAACAGAAGCUCAACCUGUUAUAUUUGUGCAGAUUUUAUUGUUAGAACAAUUGUCAUGUUUGCUAAAUUGUUUCAGUCGAUCGUUCUGUUUCUGCAGACAAUUUAACAAAAUAAAAUGAUACUUUUGUUAGGAUUUGAAAUGACUUUGUCAUUGUCUAGAUAAGUUUGAUACAUUUAUAUCCAUUGCUUGACUGUACAAUAAUUGUCAGUACAGUUACAUUUACAAAACUAGUUUUGUACAGUUAUGUUUUUAAUGGUUAGUCCUGAGUGUUUUAGAAUCAAGGCAGAUGAGGUAUCCUACUGAUUACUGACAUCUCAAAGUGAUAACUGCCCUUAACACAGGAAAAUCUGAAAUACAAGGCUGUUGGGGUAAUUCCCUAGGGGCCAUGGAAACGAGGCAGGGCCCGUACUUUGAUGGGUGGGGCGGCGAGGCCCAGGCCCCCACAGGUGGAGAUGUCCACGUCGUCAGCAGUCAUCCCGAUGGGGGGAAGGAAGGAAAAACGCUGCAUGAGGGAGGUGUAGAAGAGGAAGAGCUCCAUGCGGGCCAGAGUCUCGCCUACACACACUCUACGACCUGGGAGGAGAGAUGGGCGGAACAAUUGGAGGAUGAGUGAGUAAACUCACUUUUGCUUGGGACAAUUCUACUAGUAGUACACAAUGCAAUCAUAAGCUAUUGAAUUACUACAACUGGUGAACAUAAGGAUGAUGUCUGUUAAGACAAUCAACAGUCGUACGUUCAUAACCUGGCUCCUGUUACCUGCGGAGAAGGGCAUGAAAGCCUCCCUCUUGACAAACUUGUCGUCGACGUUGAGAAAGUGGUGAGGGUAGAAAUCAUCCGGCUUCUCCCAGUGAACCUUAUCUCGGUGCACUGACCUCAGCAGUGGGAUAAUGUAGGUCCCCUACACACAUACAAUAAUUUGAAUGUGUCAUUGUCAAGGAAAGGAUGUUUGGUGCCGUAUGGGGGACAGGAAGUAUAUUUCACUUUACCAUAACUGUCUUGCUUAACUCUCUGGUUAUUGUUGAUUCACUAAAAGGUGCAGGUCAGUGUCUGCUAGUUAGUUGUGAGUGGGCCUGCCUUAGGUAUGAAGAAGCCUUUGAGGCUGACGUCGGCUGUGGUCUCGUGGGGCAGGCCCAUGGGCAGGAUGUCAGCGAACCUCUGGGUCUCGUGGAUCACUGCGUCGGUGAAGGGCAUCAUCUGCCUGUGCUGGAUCCUUGGCGUGGAACCACUAAUCACAUUGUCUAUCUCCUCAUGGACCUUACCUGAGAGGACAUAGGAAGUAGACUGAGUAUAAGGAGGGCUUGUGAGAUUUCACCUCUUUCUGUAUUUUUAUGCACCUUCUCUAUUUGAAACAUUUGCAUAUCAAUCACAGUUUGUAUGUUUGUUUCGUAUUACACUCUAUGCCGUGGAAUGCGAAGCUUUAUGGUAGCCUAUUUUUUUUUUAACUUACUUUCCUCAUUGAUCCAAAAUGGCUGGUGACAUGUGGUUUCACUCACUCUGUAUUUCAGGAUACUUGAUCAUGAAGACCAAGGCCCAGGCCAGGGUGCUGGAGGUGGUUUCCGUCCCAGCCACAAACAUGUUGGUGACGGAACACAGGAGGUUCCACUCAUGGAAGUGGGAAGAGGGAUUAUCCUUUUCCUAAUAAAUAUAUUUUAGUUGAGGAAAGGCAUUAGGUAUGGGACAAAACAUGGGACCAUUAGGAAGUGAGUUAUGCUGUAUUGUGGAAGUGGCAAUUUCAAAUCAUUUUCAGGCAAAUCUGUUGCACAUCUCUAUCCCCUCUCAAAAAGGGUUUCCAAGUGCAAAAGGGCAUUUUGACCCAUAGUUGGUGUGACUGACAUUGAGGCCUGGGUUCACCUCCUGCUGCUUGUUGAGGAAUGCGUCGAUGUAGCUACGGGAGUCGUUCUCAUCCAGGAUCUGUCUGUGCUGGAUGAAAAUCUUCCUGAAGAAGGCCUUCAGGUUGUCCUGGUACGCCAGCACUCUGUGGUGAGGCCCUGGCAGCGGGUGGAUCACUGGGUACAUGUUGUACAGCUGGAGAAACGAGCAUGGGGAUUCAUGUUUAUAUGUGAGAAAUUCACUUCAGUUUUUUUACUUGUCAAUGUUACGAUGACAAUGUAUAUUGUGAGGGCAUUUUCUGUUGAACCUUACUAAUGCUUGUGUACUAAAAUAUCCAUCUUUAAGCCUAGGCAUUGGGCUUGAGAUGGUUAAAGAAACUAACUCAGAAAAGAGUGUGUGUAUUAGCAGAGAACUGUUAUAACUGUUCUGUGUGUGUAGUAUGACCACGUGAUGUAUGGGAGCUCAGCCAAGAGUUGACAAAAACAAAUAGGUUCAUCUUAGCUUAACUGGAGACAGGGCAAAGUGUUAUAUUCUGCACACCCGUGAUGGCGCUACUGUUCUGUUUGGAGCCUGUUCUGGGUGAAAGGUUUGUGUUUUGUGUGUGUGUGGGGGUAGGACAUACAGUAGGGCAAAAAAAGUAUUUAGUCAGCCACCAAUUGUGCAAGUUCUUCCACUUAAAAAGAUGAGAGACGACUGUAAUUUUCAUCAUAGGUACACUUCAACUAUGACAAAAUGAGAGAAAAGUGCCAGACGUGUCCCCCUGCUUAAGCCAGUACAUGUCCAGGCCCGUCUGAAGUUUGCUAGAGAGCAUUUGGUUGAUCCAGAAGAAGAUGAUUGGGAAAAUGUCAUUUGGUCAGAUGAAACCAAAAUAUAACUUUUUGGUAAAAACUCAACUCGUUGUGUUUGGAGGACAAAGAAUGCUGAGUUGCAUCCAAAGAACACCAUACCUACUGUGAAGCAUGGGGGUGGAAACAUCAUGCUUUGGGGCUGUUUUUCUGCAAAGGGACCAGGACGACUGAUCCGUGUAAAGGAAAGAAUGAAUGGGGCCAUGUAUCGGGAGAUUUUGAGUGAAAACCUCCUUCCAUCAGCAAGGGCAUUGAAGAUGAAACAUGGCUGGGUCUUUCAGCAUGACAAUGAUCCCAAACACACCGCCCGGGUAACGAAGGAGUGGCUUCGUAAGAAGCAUUUCAAGGUCCUGGAGUGGCCUAGCCAGUCUCCAGAUCUCAACCCCAUAGAAAAUCUUUGGAGGGAGUUGAAAGUCUGUGUUGCCCAGCAACAGCCCCCAAACAUCACUGCUCUAGAGGAGAUCUGCAUGGAGGAAUGGGCCAAGAUACCAGCAACAGUGUGUGAAAACCUUGUGAAGACUUACAGAAAAUGUUUCACCUCUGUCAUUGCCAACCAGGGGUAUAUAACAAAGUAUUCAGAUAAACUUUUGUUAUUGACCAAAUACUUAUUUUUCACCAUAAUUUGCAAAUAAAUUCAUUAAAAAUCCUACCAUGUGAUUUUCUGGAUUUUUUUUCUAAUUUUGUCUGUCAUAGUUGAAGUGUACCUAUGAUAUAUUACAGGCCUCUCUGAUAUUUUUAAGUGGGAGAACUUGCACCAUUGGUGGCUGACUAAAUACUUUUUUGCCCCACUGUACAUAAUUUGGGAAAACAUUCAAAGGCUCUUGCUUGCCAAACUUGGGGGAACCGUUGAGCUACUGUUAGAGGAAGUAUGUCUGGAGUGACUUACUGUCACUUUGUCACCUACUGUAUUGUCCUCACUCAGUUACGACAGACUGAAACAACCUUUUCAUUAUCAUCUGUACCCUGUAACCCAGUUUUGUCUCUCCUUCUAUACACACAAGCUUGCAUAAGAUCGCUUGCCUAUAUAAGGCUUCUGUACUCUUUGUACAGCAGGCUCUCCAUUUCACCUGCGUGGGUGGUGCGACCAGCCUCAUAAUGUUUUUAAUAAAAGUAAUUCCUUGAUUGAU